AUGAGUCGUAAUUUCGUCCCUGCCCUUCUUGCCAUUGGCGUCGGUGUUUUCACAGGCUACUACACCUUCCAACCGACUUUCCAGCAACUACAAUACGAGAAGGCAAACGCGAACCGUCAGCCUGCUACUUUGUCAGAUCUUUCUGCUUCAAAGCAGAAAGCCGAUGCUCCCACUCCUCAGGGUGACGCCGCUACGUCAACAACCGAGAGACAGUGA